AUGGAAACGGACAGCAACAGCGACGGCGAAAUGAUGCCGACCGCCGCGCAGAUGCCGCCCUACAGCAGGGCCAACAUUGAGCUGCUGAUCAGGAGACACCAGGCCGCCGUUACGGCACUCGGGCUGGCGUUCAACGGGCCGCCACACCAUCACAGGCCGAUGAUGGCGAACGCGGCCACGUCCGUGCCAGCGCCCAAGCACCACACCAUCGACGCCAUACUCGGACUCAAGCGCAACAGCCACAAAGACCAGGAGUCCGGAGGAGAAAACAGCUGUAAUUCUAGUGACACCGAGCAAAACCGUCAUCAUCAGCUCAUACCAUCCGACCAACAUAACGUCAUGCGCAGCGGCGGCUGUGGGGGCGUUGUCGGUGGAGGAAGCGGUGGAGGGGGAGAUUGCGGCGGCGGUGGGGGUGGAGGAGGAGGCCCGCCACAACAACGUCGGUCCGCCGACAUGGACGACAUGAGCGGCGGUGGGUGCGGCGACAGCAGUGACGGCGAACCGGACGACGAGCAACUGUCCGGUGGCCGGGCGAGCGCGUCGCCAGCGGCCGCGGCCGGCGGCAUGUCGCCGCCCGACAAGAAAAAGCACCGCCGGAACCGCACCACGUUCACCACCUAUCAGCUGCACGAGCUGGAACGAGCGUUCGAAAAGUCGCAUUACCCGGACGUGUACAGCCGCGAAGAGCUAGCCAUGAAGGUCAACUUGCCGGAAGUCAGGGUUCAGGUAUGGUUCCAGAACCGGAGGGCCAAGUGGCGCAGACAGGAGAAGAUGGAGGCGGCCAGACUGGGCCUGAACGAUUACGUGCACUCGACGAUGGCCGGUUCGCUCAGCCGGAUGCCGGGGUCCAGCCUGGCCCUGCCCGUCGACCCGUGGCUAUCGCCGCCGCUGCUGUCCGCGCUGCCCGGUUUCCUGUCGCACCCGCAGACGGGCUACCCGAGCUACCUGACGCCACCGGUGGUGCACUGCGGUCCGCCGUCGUCCGCACAAAAGUCGCCGCCGUCGCCGCAACAGCAGAUCACCACCAUCGCCACGCCGCCGUCAUCGUCCUCGCUGUCCACGUCUUCGUCGUCCGCGGUGUCCACUGCCGACCCGAGGACAUCGUCCAUAGCUGUUCUCAGGCUCAAGGCCAAGGAACACGUCGAGUCCAUCACGAAAGGCAUGCAGAUGGUCUAGAACAGCCGCGAUACUUCUCAUGUACCUAUAGGUAUACAAUACGCAUACCACCCUUGACAAUGUAAUAACGAUAUUAUAAUAAUAACAAUAAUAAUAAUAAUAAUAAUAAUAUAGUCUAGAACUCAUAAUAUCCUGAAUUUAAAUAAUAUUGCAUCAGGAAUCCCGAUUACAAUAAUGUUAUUAAACGAUUCGUUUUCAAAUCGGUAACAUCUGUGGCCUUGCGCUGUGAAAAAAUUCUCGAAUAUACAAUAAUUGUCAAUACGAUUUUCUUUAAUGUUUACGAUAUGUUAUGCAACUUCGUAUUAUGCUGUUAUACAGAAUAAUAUACACUUGAUAGGUUUUUUAUUUUUCGUUCAGAUCCCCCCUAUACACACACACACACACACACACACACGAAUCAGAGUUGUUCUAAUUGUCAAGUACUUACAUAAAAGUAUAAAAUUUACAUUUGCUACAGACUCGGAAGCUCUAAUUUUUAUGUACUAAUAUAAUUAGAAACCGUUCAGACAGUAUAUGAAAUAUGACUACUAACCGUCGUAUACAAUACCCUCUCAUUGCAAUACUUACAGUGCGAUGGACGCUUUAUUUCUGAAUAGGUUCUGUCGUCAAAAUUAUACACGCCCACUUUGGCGUCCCACACAUUUUGUGUAUACAUAAUAGUACCAGAAAACAAUACUAAAUUAUUAUUAUUAUUGUUAUUAUUCGUAAAAUUGACGGUUCCCAAAUAAAUGGUAAUAUUUACGGGAAUAUUGUAAUGUAAUAAUAAAUAAGUAUGUACCUAUUAUUAAUAUUAUUAUUAUUAUUAUUAUUAUUAUUAUUAUUUAAAAAUGUAUAGUAUUAUAAUAUUAUACGUUGAAAA